AUGUUCAACAGCAGGGCCUCGUCGAGCGCCGCGAUCAAGCGCCUCACCAUCGAAUACAAGCAGCUCUCCACCGACCCCAACUCGCUCUUCCCCGCCGUCGGCCCGGUGUCCGAAGACAACUAUCUGGAAUGGGAGGCGCUCGUUCCCGGCCCUGACGGCACGCCUUUCGAAGGCGGUGUCUUUUCCGCGCGCCUCACCUUCCCCGCUUCGUAUCCGCUCGAGCCGCCAACCAUGCGCUUCGAGCCGCCCAUCUUCCAUCCCAACGUCUACGCCGACGGCCUCGUCUGCAUCUCCAUCCUCCAUGCGCCCGGUGACGACCCAAACAUGUACGAGUCGUCGUCCGAACGCUGGUCGCCCGUACAGUCCAUCGAAAAGAUCCUCCUCUCCGUUCUCAGCAUGCUCGCAGAACCCAACGUAGAGAGUGGCGCCAACAUCGAUGCUUGUAAAAUGUACAGGGACAACCGCGAGGGGUACGAAAAGAUCAUUCGAGACUCGGUCAAGGAACAGCUCGGCUUGUAA